UAUGGCUACAGUUUUCGAAAGCUCGUUCUUAUCGAACAGACUGCAUCGCAUCGAGGAACGGUACGAGGAACCAGCGAACACUUUUGGCAAAUGUGACUGUACUAGCUAUAGCUAUCUCGUCCUGAGCGCCAUUCUAUUCACCAUUGGUACAGCUAUCACUAUUUCUGCUUUGGGCGACGGGCACAUAUUUUUGAACCUUGGUCACAUGUGGCUUAUCGGUCCGAUAUUCAUCUGUUCCGGACUCAUGGUGGCCGUUAAAUGUAUGCUUUAUCUACGAAGAAAGUCCGUCAUACAAAUGAUCUUUCAUCAGCGACAGUUGUUUAGGCAUUUGCAGGAAUUGAUGACUGGUGCUCGUGGUAUGGGUCCUAUUAGUACAGCAGCUUCAGGUCCACCUUCUUACGAAGUAAUAGUCCAAGAAAACUCGAACGAAUUACCUCCACCUUCUUACGCGGAAGCGGUAGCUCUACUACAAAGGACCAUAGACAACGAUGCCAAGCCGAGUUGCGAAACGGUACAUUGCGGAAAUAUUGCUCUAGCCGAGAACAUAAGGCAGAAACCUUGAAACGGAUAUUUCUUACGAUCGAAAGAUCGUAGAUCGCGAAGAAUUGCAAUUUGACUUUCCGAAGUGCGAAGGAUUGCUCGUUUCUUCGUUUUCUUGGUAUAUUAAACGAGCUUUUUUUUUACUAUAAACUGAUCGCAGAUCUGUUGCAUAAAUGGUGUCUUUAUCGCGCGUUGUAUUAAUUAACAGAACGGUGGGAGAAG